GAGGUGGUCAAAUACAGUAAAAAGAAGUUGUCUUGUCAUGCUGCAUCAGUGCUUGUAAAAUCUAUUUUGAGUCAGAAAGAAAAAUCAUCUGAAGGCAUACUAUGUCUUUUAUGGGAUACCUUACCAAAUGUUCUGAGUGAAUAUUGUUCUGAAAGUUCAGCUAUGAAAGAUCACAAUAUUACAUAUUAUAUGAAAACAGCAAGAACUGGAAUCCCUAUGGCACCCACUUCCAAAUUACUUCUGCAAUGUGCUACUCACAUUAUAAAAGUGUUGAGCCAUUUUGAAAAGUCAAAUGAUAUUUGUGUGGAGUCAAGAGCACCAGCUCUUGGUCUUGCAUCGAUGUGUCUCUUAAUGGCAAUGAAGAGAAAAGAUCUGAGA